AGUACGGAUGACAUUUGUUUUCAAAAUAGUAGUAUGUUAUUUGUUUGAUAAUUAAAAAGAUUAAAAUGUAAAAAACAAUGGAGAAUGACCCCGAAAAGAUCGGUUUAGUUGAUUUACUAAAUACAAAACCUUUAAAAGAUUUAAAGUCUUUACUUUCUGCUGUUACUCAACAACAUUUAAAACUUGAAACCGAGGAUAAAUUAGAAAUUAUUAAUGCUAUAAUACAGCAUUCACCUGACGCCACUAGUAUAUUAAAAAGAAAAGUAUUAUCAUGUUCAACUUUAUACACAUACUUGCACCAAAAUUCAGUUCGAGUUUAUUCUCCAGUGACAAAGAAAAGUCUUAUUGAAUCUAUCCUAAAAUUUUGGAAAGAUCGUGCUAAUAAUAUUGAUAAACACGAAUCUUCACAACAACAACAUUGUAUAUUGCAACAACAAUGUGAAUAUUUAGAUGAAUAUGACGAUAUACAAGAAUCUGAAAGUGAUUCAGUAUCUGAAAAAAGAGAAUGGUCAGUAGUUAAUUCAAAUAUAAAUAAUGAAAUACAACGAGAAACCAUUAAUUUUCCUAUCAAUGUCAUGGCUAGAAUGUUUUCUGAGUGGUUUUAUAAAAUGUUUAAUGCAGAAAAUGGAUUAACUUCAGAUCAUUUCUGGCCAGAUUCUUCAUUGCGCGUUCAUAUUAAAUCAGGUGAUAAUGUUGAUGUCCAAGAAACCCUAAGCAAUGCAGGGGAUGUAGUUGAUCUAUUGGAGCGCACUAAAUGUUCACAUGGUUUAUAUUUCAAUCCAAAUAUUUCUCAUGGAGGUGUUCAAGGUCGAAUUGAUGUACAUGGAUUAGCAUUAAUUGUUGCCUGUGGAACUUUGCAUAAAGACAAUUUGUGUGUUGGAGUAUUUCAACAAAUGUUCGCUUUGGCAAGAGAUCCACAAGCAGAUAAUAAUUGGAAGGUCAAAAGUAUUGAACUCAAAUUGAAUAGUCAAAGUGUCAAUAAUAUACCAAGCAUAUUAGAUAGUGAUUACCGUAAUAAUAUACUGGCGUUACCUGUGCGUGAUGAUCUUGUGUGAGAAUGAAACUUGUGUUAAUAGAAUGUUUUGAUUGCUAAUAAAUAAAUAUUAAGUUAAAAUUACUAAUUUAUAUUGCUUAUAUUUAAGAGUUUAAUAUGAACUAAUUGCUUUUGUUGAUGAUAUAUUUGUUAAUUUUACGUAUUUGAGAAGAAAUUGUGUAGCUCAAUAAAAUAUAAAU